AUGCGCGUUCAUUACUCUGCUUUAGAGGGAGACAUGGCGACGUCCCUGAUCUGCGGCCGUUUGACGGCUAGCCUGAGAAAUUCAGGGGCCAGAAACACUAUCAGCUCCGUUUCCAAGGUUCUCGGUGGGUCUUCUGGUCUUUUUGGAGGCCAUGUGUCUCAGCUGCUGCCCCCACACCAGCAGCAGCAGCAGAGGAACCUCUCCCUACAUGAGUACAUGAGCAUUGGUCUGCUGAAAGAGGCCGGUAUCGCUGUGCCAGCUGGCAUGGUGGCCAGCUCCUCAGAUGAGGCCUACGCUGUAGCCAAGCAGAUCGGUACCAAGGACCUGGUGGUAAAAGCUCAGGUGCUGGCUGGUGGCAGAGGGAAGGGGACAUUUGAAGGCGGACUGAAAGGAGGAGUGAGGAUCGUCUACUCGCCAGAAGAGGCCCGAGACAUUUCAUCCCAGAUGAUUGGUCGAAAGCUGUACACCAAACAGACGGGAGAGGCGGGUCGUAUUUGCAACCAGGUGUUUAUCUGUGAGCGCAGGUACCCACGCAGAGAGUACUACUUCGCCAUCACUAUGGAGAGAUCCUUUCAGGGGCCUGUGCUGAUUGGCAGCUCACAGGGGGGUGUGAACAUUGAAGAUGUUGCAGCGGAAAAUCCAGACGCCAUUGUGAAGGAGCCAAUCGACAUCGUGGAGGGCAUCAAGAUAGAGCAGGCUAUCAAGGUGGCUCAGAAGAUGGGCUUCCCACCUGCACUGAUCAACGAGGCAGCAGAGAACAUGGUCAAACUGUACAAUGUGUUCAUCAAAUACGAUGCCUCCAUGGUCGAGAUCAACCCCAUGGUGGAGGACUCGUCAGGCAUGGUGAUGUGCAUGGACGCCAAGAUCAACUUUGACUCCAAUGCAGAGUACCGCCAGAAGAAGGUGUUUGAUAUGCAGGACUGGACCCAGGAGGACCCCCGGGACCGGCAGGCUGCCAAGGCUGACCUCAACUACAUUGGCCUGGAUGGAACCAUCGGCUGCCUGGUAAAUGGAGCAGGUCUAGCUAUGGCCACCAUGGACAUCAUCAAGCUGCACGGUGGCACGCCAGCCAACUUCCUGGAUGUAGGAGGAGGAGCCACAGCCCAUCAGGUGACUGAGGCCUUCAAACUCAUCACCUCUGACAGGAAGGUUCAGGCCAUCCUGGUCAACAUCUUUGGAGGCAUCAUGAGGUGUGAUGUCAUUGCCCAGGGUAUCAUCAUGGCAGUGAGAGACCUGGACCUUAAAAUCCCGAUUGUAGUGCGGUUACAAGGGACAAGAGUGGAUGAUGCCAAAGCUCUGAUAGCUGCCAGUCCACUGAAAAUCCUGGCCUGUGAUGACCUGGAUGAAGCUGCCAAAAUGGUUGUAAAGCUUUCUGAAAUCGUCUCACUGGCUAAGGAGGCUCAAGUGGACAUCACCUUCCAACUGCCCAUCUAAGAAAGCUCCAUCCUGACGUCUGUGACCUCCUCACCCCCAAAACACUUCCUCUGUCACCCAUCAGGACACACUCACAGCGGCCCGCCACCCCUCCCCCUUGCCCCUUACUCCAACAUCUCUGAGAGACUUAGUUGUUUUUUUUUCUCUUUCCUAGUCUGUGGCAUGGUGGCAUGACUGUAUGCAGACGUCCAACACAAACACAACGUAAGGUUUCACAGAGAGAGCUUAGCCUCCUUUUUUAGUCACACUGCAGUCUCCAUUUCCUGUCUCCAUUAUGUUGCACUUGAGUCAAUACGCACAAACCUCCACCUUCAACCCCCCUCCCUCUACUCCUCUUUCACUCACUUCCACACUCUGAGAGGGAGACCUGUAGGGAACCAGUUUGUUUACUUUGGUACUCGUUGGGAGAACUUCCUUCACUCCAUUUAAAUAAAUAAAAACACUUUUCGGUUUGAUUUCAGAGUCAGACAUGAUUAGUUUUUUUCACUUGAAUGAAAAGGAAUCAUUUUGGGUCAGGAGUCAGAGUUGCUGCAGAUCAGUGCUGUUAAUAAAAGCAUGGCUGAAUGCCUCUAGUUACAUAAAUACACACAUAGAUUUGCAUAGAGUGCCUUUGGAGUGUGUAAACAGGAAUGUAAGAAAAUAAAGAAUGGACAAGUUCCUCUAUGCAGAACUUUGACACAUUUCAUCAAACAAGCUGAUGUGCUGCAAACACACAGAACUACACACUGUAAAAGAAAUGAGUGCACUGAGCUGUGGUGUCAUUGGAGUUAAUGGGCUCAAUUCUCUUCUAAAUAACAGAACAAAAAAGAACUGCACAGCACUGAGUUUGUUGUUGCGAGAUCUUCAGAUGAUGAAGCUGCCUCAGCAUCAUUUCUUCACCUGCUCCAGGCAGAAGUGUUCAUCAGCUGUGCAGCUCUGAUCAUACAGCAGAUACGUUAUAUUGUGACAAUAAUAAUAUAAUAAUAAUAAUAAUAAUAAUAAUAAACCAGCUUCAUAUAUUCAGUGCUCCACUGCUUUCACCAUGCUGACAGUUUGGUUUUGCUUCCUAGCCAAUACAAUGAAGGUGAAAGGCUUUUGUUUUGUAAUGUUCACAAAAUUGAAAAACAGCAUCUUUAUUUCAGAAACGGUGAUCAGGAUCAUCCACAGAGCUCACUGGAACUACUUUCUACUGAAGAAAUAGUCCCUGUGACACCUGUGAGACAUAUAGAACCUCACUGCUGCGAACAUCACUGUAAGAAAAACGGUUUUGUAUCAGUCAGUCUUCAUCUGUUAAAGGCAAUGCACACACACACACACACACACACAGUAUGACAUUCAUCAACACACCCAGGCUCAUUGUUUCCUCACAAAGCCCACACACUGCUCACUGCUCUCAGUUGAGACUUAAAAGAUUCAGUAAGAACUUUUGAAAACUGGAACACCUCACCUUCCUACAUGAAGUCUGUGGUGGAUAAAGUCAUUGACUGCAGUAAGUGUGGCUCAAACAGUUUCCCCUCAGCUUUGAUUGAAACAUUUCCUCUGAUAAUGUGGCACAUCUGUGCUGCUGGAGUUUCCUCUGCCUCAGCUGUAGUCUGCUCUCAGAACUAAGUUUGAUGAAUUAUUAAGUGUUCCUGUUGUGGAGCUCAAGCCGUCAGAGAGGAACACGCAGACUGAAAGUAGAGCUGACUGAACGUUAAAUGA